AUGCAGGUGGUUUGGUUACAGCAGCAAGUGCUCAAAGUUCGUGUCAAGCGUGACACGCAUGUGUCUUUCAACGAUCCUCAUUGGCCUCAGAUGUGGUACCUAAAUCGCGGUGGGUCUGGUGGUUUUGACAUGAAUGUACGUUCAGCCUGGGCACGCGGAUAUGCUGGCCAAGGUGUCGUGGUUACUAUACUGGACGAUGGGUUGGAGAUUGACCAUCCAGAUUUAAAAGAGAAUUAUGAUCCUUUCGCGUCCUAUGAUGUUAAUGGUAAUGAUGAAAAUCCCGAGCCUCGCUAUCCGUCGGACGAUAAGAGCACUACGUCGAACCGCCAUGGGACUCGAUGUGCUGGAGAGGUGGCGGCUGUCGCAAACAAUAACGUAUGCGGUUUGGGUAUCGCCUAUCUUGCUCGCAUUGGCGGUGUACGCAUGCUGGACGGGGAGGUGUCGGAUGCAAUGGAGUCGCGCUCUCUGGGUCAUCAAAUGCAGCACAUCGAUGUAUACUCAGCUUCCUGGGGGCCUGAAGACGACGGGAAGACUGUGGAUGGCCCUGGGAGACUUGCUCAAUUGGCUUUCAGUAACGGAAUCCAAUUGGGUCGUGGUGGUCUUGGUUCCAUCUUUGUCUGGGCCAGCGGAAACGGGGGAAAGAACGGCGACAAUUGUAAUUGCGAUGGCUACACCAACAGCAUAUACACUUUAGGGGUGAGCUCCGUUUCCGAACACGGAUCGGUGCCAUGGUAUGCCGAAAUGUGCUCCUCCACUCUCGCCGUGACGUACAGCAGUGGUGGCCACGGGGAGCGCGCAGUGAUUACAACAGACUUGAACCACACAUGUACCACUAAUCAUUCGGGCACAUCAGCCAGUGCUCCUCUGGCUGCUGGUAUUUGUGCUUUGACAUUGUCCGCAAACAGUGGUCUCACUUGGCGAGAUUUACAAUAUUUGGUUGUGUACACUGCCAGACCGGACGGAUUAUUUGCCACCGACUGGCGAGUUAACGGUGUGGGCCGACGAGUUUCGCAUGCUUUCGGUUAUGGACUCAUGGACGCGGGCGCGAUGGUUGAUCUAGCUCUAAACUGGACUAACGUACCUCCUCAGCGCGUCUGUGAAGCCCAAGCUCCAAUAGCAGGUGGGCCAGUUUCCAUUCGUCAAAGGGAUCAGGAAGUGUUGGCCCUGACGACGGAUGGUUGUGCUUCAGCUGCUGCCCUCGCCGGUGACCCUUCGCAGCGUGUGGUGUAUUUGGAACACGUUCAAGCCAAAGUCACGGUGAGCAGCGCUCAACGUGGUGAGAUCGAAAUCCGCCUCACCUCGCCUUCGGGAACCGUCUCCAAAUUGCUGAGCAAGCGGCCGAAGGACAUCGACGUGGCCGGCUUUCAUGUGUGGCCUUUUAUGUCCGUACACUUCUGGGGUGAGAUGGCAAAUGGAACGUGGAAAUUAACUGUGAAUUCUGGAAACGCUGCCGUUUCUGUACAUGAGUGGGCCCUAGUCUUGUACGGCACAAACACACCGCCGCCCUUGCACGGGUCAUCACAUCGACGUGAUGUCCGUCAGCUUCCGAAAAUUGCUCUGAAGUCUGCUCCACAUUCAUCCUUUCCAGCGGAAGAAGCGAACACUCCUCGAAGUAGCAGUCACACGCCAUAUCACCUUCCUCCAACUCAAGGAUCUUAUCCUGCUCUGAUUCCCGGUUAUCCUCUUGAGUACACACCACUAGUGGAUAGCGCGUCAAAAGAGAACGGCUUGAACCCGUUUUUUAAAUUUUCCCCUCAUCUAUAUCCUUUUUGGCCAAAUUGGCACCCAGUUAACCCCCUGCUUCCUCCAUCCCUCCCUUCCUCUCCUCGACCUCUAUUGAUGUCUUCUCAACUAAAUCCAAUCGUUUCUCCGGCGUCGGUCCGUUUAUCUGGUGGUACUACUGCCCCAGCUAUUGCGGACUCUGGUGAAAAGAAACUGGAGUCUGUCCUCACAGAAAACACUCACUUCUUCGAUCUCAAAUUACCUCCUUUAAGAACCAACCACCUGGAUAACCCAGACACACACCAAUCGGCCGCUGGUUACACAUAUCAUUCAGGAGUGUUUGGUGGUGGUACCCAUGCACCGGUGGAAGAGGCAGUAGCAGAAAAACCCAACAAGGCGCUCACUCACUCGGUCUCAAACUCCUUUCCCCGACAUCCUGUUCUGUGCAUUUCGAUUGUGGCAUUUUUCGUUUGGGCGAUUUCAUAAGAUUUUGCGUAGAUCGCUUGUCUAAACCUUGAGGUAUCAUCCUGAUGUACAGUUACCAAGUUUAUACAUGCCUAGUUUCUUCUUAUUUCCUUUGCAUUUUUAUAUUCUGCCGAUGAUUUCAGAUCGUUGCUUGUUUACAUACAUGUGCACUAUAUUCACUGCUCUGAUUCCUUCACACCAUUGAAGAGCAUUCAGUGGCGUACAACAACACAGCUUAGGGGCUGCUCACUUGUUUACACAAAUUCGCAUUUUCUCUCCUGCCAUCUUGUCCCGUUGUGGUUCUUUAAUGUGAGUAACGUUGUUUACCGGUCGCAUUCGUGACUUGUUCCUUCCGUUUCUCCAUGGAAUUUUGUGCAGGUAUUAUCUUUCAUUUUUCUCUACUUAUUGUCUUUUCCGCGCAUGUUUCUUCGUCAUCGUGGUUUACUGUCGAUAUCCAUCUCGCUUUAUACUUUAUUUUUCUUCAGUUAAUGUAUAGAGUGGGAGUACUCCUUUUUUGAAUCUUUUUCUUGUGUAUACGCAUCUAAUCUCUUCAUUCGUUUUAUAUUUCGCCGCACUACCUCAAUUUUACUCGAUGAUUAUCCAUUUUUGUGAAGUUACCUAUCGCUUAACUUCAGCACUUAUGGACCACAAUGCGACGUUUUUUUGCGUUUAUGUAAUCUUAAUCAUAUCACUUACCAUGGUAUUGUGGAUGGGGGGUGUCCAUUUCGUUAACCCCCAUUCCAACAAGUGGUUUGCAUCUGCUGCACCGAGAAAAGAGUAACGCAUGGAAGAAACAGCGCGCCAAUCGUGGGCACCGCGUUUGAUGUCCAGCAUGCACCCCUCUAACCGAUCAACAAAUUUAACUACCAGCGUGCACCCAGCCAGUCAAUCACCAUACUCUCAGGACCAAUAGCCCGUCCUUCCUUCACGCAGUUCCAAGCUCACUCGUGUCUCCAAACUCUCCUAUACUACUAGGGACGCCCGCUUUCCUAAAUCAGCCUGUUCCUGCAAGCCUGCCUUUACUACACCACCAAUACUGUAGACCGCACUUAGAUGUAAUCUCGACUUUCUUACUGACGAGCAACCUCUACGCAACAUUAAACCAAUUGCUUCCAACCCUUUCACAUAUCUGUGGAGCAAAGUAACUGACACAAUCAAAGAACUGUCAUUUCCGCCUACCCGGCAGAACAAAAGAGCAGGCUUGCAUCAGCUGUAUUGAUAUAAUGCAUACGACACAAUUAAAUGAUUUAUAACUCACAAC